AUGAAGAGCUUCACCCUUGUCUCCUUCGCGGCGGGUCUCGGGCUCGUACAUGGCCAAGCGGCUCUAUGCAAUGGCGCAUUCAGGCCCAACUACGACGAUUGUGAAGAGACCGUAAAGUUUUUCAACCUAGAGGGAAGCACUCACAUCACCCACACCAACGGCGAGCUUAACGCUGCGCCAUCUUGCUACCACUGGUGGUGGGACGGCGGAAACUGCCUCAUCUCCCACUGCUUCCAAGAAUCAGGGUCUGACGACCCAAAUAACCCUCGCACCAUUACAGAUGGUCAGGUUCACCAGCUCUAUACAAGCGUGAGGGACAGAUGCAUGCCCUUCAUUUCUGGAGGCAAGUUCACUGGCGCCCUGCAGUUUCUGGAGGUCACCAACGAUGAGGGAGGUGAUGGUCCCCCGACUAAGCGCGCGAUGAAACGAGCAGAGUUUCCCGGCCUCAACGUGGAAACCUUUACCAAUGGCAUGAACAGUGGCCACUCUAGCCUGGAGGAUUACCUUGAGUGGCGCAACGACACCAUGAGCGGCACCGACACUGCUGGAAUUGCUAAGCGACAGAGUGAGGAUGACAGCUGGGACGUAAGCUUCACGGCGCUCAACGUCCGCAACCCUGAUGUCUUCACGCUUGGUUUGCGCCUUAACAGCGGGGUCGACUACUCAUACGAAGUUUCCGAAAGCCAGACCUACAGCGUUACAACCUCAGUGAGCAUGGGAGGCGCUAUUGAAGUUUUCUCUGCAAGCGUCGGUGUGGAAGUCAGCCAGUCGGAGACGUUUACUGUCACUGAAGGGCUCACGUUUAACGUCGACUGCCCAAACCAGGGUCAAAUUACCUUCUGGCCUCUCUACAACUACUAUGAGGUCAAGGGACACCCUAGUGAGAAGGAAUACGAGAUCUGGCUCCCCGUCCUUACCCCCGAUAGGAACAUCAAUGGUGAGAUUGCUGUUUCCUGCCUAGGUUAG